AUGUCAGUUAAUAUUAAGAAAAGUUGUGAAAAGCAGAAUCAAUUCAAAAAUAACAUUAUAGCAUUAGUUUUUUAAUUCGUCUAAGAUUUGAUAAACUCUUUGAUGAAUUUGCAGUUAAAUUUACAAAAACUAGAAUUAGAUUUACUUCACUUCAUCCAAAGAACUUCCCAAAGAAAGUCUUAGAACAUAUUGCAAAACACCCAAAUAUUUGCAAGAAGUAUAAAUUUGUUAUUUAGUCUCCUCAUACCUAUCCAAUUAGGUUGAGAUAAGUAUUGAAAAAAAUGAGGAGAAAUUACACAAUAGGAGCAAUUGGAGAUUAAGUCAUGAAGUAAGAACAUUUAUUCCAAAUUUAACCUUGCAAACCAAUGUAAUUGUUGGUUUUUGUGAUGAGACUGAAUAUGAUUUUGAAUAAACUUUAAGUUUGUUUAAACUUAUUAAAUCGGAGAAUUUAAGAUUUGCAUUUUAUUAGGCGAUUAUGUUCGCUUAUUCAAUGAGAGAAAAAUCACAUGCGGAUAGAAACUCAAAGGAUAAAGUGUUUACUUAGAAGAAUGCAAAAGGAUAACCAAUAUUAUAGAAACUAUUUAAAUUUGAUGAUCAAAAUAUAGAAAAGGAAAAUGCUACUAAGAAUUGA